GGGUUGUUUCUCUAUUGGCUGUUCAUCCUUCUACAGUAAAUACGCUUGGAAAACAGCUCCUGCCAAAAACAUUCGGACAGUCUAAUGUCAACAUUGCACAACAAGUGGUUAUUGGUACACCUCAGAGACCUUCAGCGCCAAAUACUAUCCUGGUAGGAAGUCCACAUACACCUAACACACAUUUUGUAUCACAGAACCAGACUGCAGAUUCUUCGCCAUGGUCUGCUGGGAAGCGGAACAAAAAAGGAGAGAAGAAUGGCAAGGGUUUACGUCAUUUCUCUAUGAAGGUUUGUGAGAAGGUACAAAGAAAAGGAACCACCUCAUACAAUGAGGUGGCAGACGAGUUGGUUGCAGAAUUCAGUACCACUGAUAAUCACAUUUCACCAAAUGAAUCACAGGCUUAUGACCAGAAGAAUAUUAGACGACGUGUCUAUGAUGCCUUAAAUGUCCUUAUGGCCAUGAACAUUAUCUCUAAAGAGAAGAAAGAAAUCAAAUGGAUUGGUCUACCUACUAACUCGGCUCAGGAAUGUCAGAAUUUAGAGGUAGGCAGCGAUACAGUUGCAGCAAGAAGUUCAAGGCCGAUCAAGAGAGACUUUAGGACCUUAGGACAACUGGUUAAGGGAAAAGGAGCACCAGUAGUGUUCUCCUCGAUCCCUCUAGUUGCAGGGAAUUGUGACGGGAGAAAUGGGAAGAGCCAGCAUAUCAACACUUGGCUCCGAGCCUGGUGUCACUGGCAGGAUUUUGGGUUUUUUGAUCAUGGGUUGGUCUACAUGAUACCAGGCCUUCUGGCAACAGAUGGGGUAUACCCGUUUCAAAGGGGGGAAAGGAUUUUUGCACAGGAAUUAGCAGGGCUCAUCAAAAGCUUUAAACUAGUUUCAAAGGGGGAAGGGGAUAAAAGCAGGCUUGCCAAAGAUGAGCCUGGGGGCAGCAUGCCAAUGUGUGCUAGUGAAGUCCUUCAGUCUUCAUCUCAGUGA